AUGGCAAGCCAUUCAUCCACCGAGCUCUCUCCCUUCGAAGUCAUGAUCUGCGAGAACCCGCUGACUGCUGCGACUCUUGAUAUCCUAGGCACGUUAGCCCCUACGUUCACUUCUCCGAUGACUAAGCUUUUCCGGCAGCUCUGCGACAGAGCAGAGAGCCACAUCCUGAAGGCGAAAUGGCAGCAGAUAUACUGCGCAGACACAAAGCGCCGAGCCGUGGAGUAUGCAGUGGGCAAAAAGGUUUGGCUCAGUAGCGAGCACCUACAAGCUUCGACCAGCUGCGCUAAGCUCGAGCCCCGUUACCGAGGGCACUUUGAAAUCAUUGAACGUAUACGGACCGUCGCUUACCGCCUCGCUUUGCCUCGUACUUAUGCAUGCCACAACGUUUCCCAUGCUUCGAAGUUAGUUCCCCGUCGCCCCCGCCCUCCAGACUUGGUUCCUCAGAAAGCCGAUACCGCCUGGCCCCCUAUACGCGAUGCAGCAGUCAGUCCAACAGAGGAGUAUGAGGUCGAUUAUAUUAUGGACAAGCGCGGCUCAGGAGCCGACGCCCAGCUCCUCGUCAAGUAG